AAACUUUUCAUUCGUACCUAAUAUAUAACUCUAUACAUUGAAUAGGCUCUUGGCUGUGUAAAGAAAUAUAAAGGAAAUGAUUGAAAAGAUUUCAGAAAAUGAAUGGCUCUCUCUCUAUAUAUAUUUUCUAACUUGACUGGCUGUGUUUUGAUUUUGUAGAGGAUUUUAUAGGCUGAUCUCAGGUGAAGAAGAAGAUUUUAUCAAAAGAGUAAAUUCAAUUUAAAAUUUGAAAAGUUAAAUCCUAGAUUUGGAUGAAUAGUACUUUUUUUGUAUUAUAUAUAUAUGAUUGAUUAAAUAUUUUAUUUUGAAGGCUCUUUUUGGUGAUAUUCUUUGAAAGCUAUCAUCUGUAACACUCAAUAAAUAUUAAUGUUCAGUACUAAAGUAAGGCCUCAUAAUUUGCUUUUUUUAAUUCUCCAAAAAAAAACUCCAAGGUUUGCCAGGUUAUCUAUUUCCUGUCACUUUUUCAUAAAAUUUUAAAGGAACCACCUUGACAUAUAUAAACAAGGUAAAAGGAUAUUAAAAGAUGAUUCUAAUGAUAUAAAAUAUAUCUGUAUUCAUUCAAACAUUUCUAUUGAAAUAUUUGAUGUUUUACAUUUCACCUGCCAAAUCUGGAAUAAUUCCACUUUCAAUUCCAAUAGGAUCAUUAGAAGAGGAAGAGGUCUAGAAUUGUUUGUUAAUCAAUCUAUGUAUUAUUUUGUAACAAACUAUAGCUUUUUUUAUCAAUAUUUGAGAAGAAUUUCAAAAAUUGAUGAUAGAGUGGUAAUGCUCUAAACAAGACAAUCAUUUUAAAUAAUUUAUGAAUAUGACAGAAGUCGCCCAGAGCUGUGUCAGAAGUUGUCCAGGACUAUGAUAGAAGUUGCCCAGAACUUUUGACUUAAUCUGCAGCGGCAAAUGUUGGCCAUGUCAUGUUUGCCUUAUCAUUAUGAUCUAAGUGUAAUAGUCUUUGUUCUCUUUGUUUCUUGUGGAUUAUGAGACUGUUGCAUCUCACCUUUUUAAUCGUUUGACCAAUUGAACCCAAGCUUUGGUAAAUGUAUAAAAGUAAAUACAUUUCUCCAGCUCAGCAGUUCAGUUCUUUAACCGUUGGCUGGUUGUUUAAACUUACUUGUUUAGAACUAGAAGCUCAUUUACUCAAUACAUAUUCUUUGGAUGAUAAACUGGCAAUAUUUUUGCAGUACUUUGCUGAGGUGAUCAAUGAUUGAAGAAGACAAAUACUGUUCCGGAGAAGCAGAAAUUCCUACAAUUACAAUACAACAAAAAAUUAAAUAGAAAAAAAGAACAAAGAGAUUAUGUCUCCUAUAGUACUGGGUGACUUCUCUCACUGUCCUAGGAGACUUUUAUCACAGUUCUGGACAACUUCUGUCAUAGCUCUGGGUGACUUCUAUUAAAAAUUCUGGGCGACUUCUGUUGUUCCCAUAAUUUAUUACUUAUAUAUUUUUGUAUUAUUUAAGAAUUCUUAGUAUUCUACUGUCUCUAAGUGCACAAUGAAUAUUCAUAUGAUUAUAGAAUAAGCAAAUUUUUGUUUGCAAGUAUUGACCAUCUUUUCGCACUAACAUUUGUUCACAGUACUCAUUUUACUUGAAUGAAGGGAAAUUUUUCCAUACAUUGAUACAUAAUUAAAAUUCUAUUUGCCAAAGUCAUUAGUCCCAGACAUAUUAUUUAUAAUAAAUGAUCCUAUUCAGUUUUGUUACAAUGAUGUUCAAACUCCCUUUGACAAAUCUACUCAGGAAUUAAUUUUGUCACCUCUUUUCAAUAUAAUGAUACAAUGUUUUUGCUAAUUGAAAAAUUGAGAGAGUUUUGAAUAAAUUAUAACGGUCAUAAUCUUUCUACUCUUUAUCUAGACACUUGUUUUAGAUUUUCUGGAGAGUUCUUUAAGGAACAUGACUACUAGACAAAUCUUCACUUGCAUUCUAUAUUUUGGAAUUAUUAUUUCAGUUUCAUGUAAUGAUUUAACUGUUAACAUUGCUUUGAAUCAGACCAACAUUUCAGUUAGUUCAACAAGUACAUAUGAAAAACACAAUGCUGUUGAUGGAAGAUUUCAUACAGGUGUUUGUUUUGAAACUGAAAUUAAUAGUGUAUCCAAUCAAUGGUGGAUGAUAACAUUUUCAAAGCAUUACUUUGUCAGAUCAAUAAGAAUACUCAACUCUCAACAAAAUGCUAAUAUGAAAAAUGUUGUAUUUUUGACAAGCACCUACUCAACAUUUGAUCCUGAACAUCAAAAAUAUCUGUUUACAGUUUGUAAUGUCAUUACGAAAUUCAUAGAUCUUUUUGAAUCAGUUACCAAAAACUGUUUAAAAGGUCCACUUUACUCCAAAUCUGUUGUUGUAAAGAAUAGGAAUGAUAAUUCUACACUUACUAUCUGUGAAAUAGAAAUUUGGACACUUAGAGGUAUUGAUAGAAAUAUACAGACUGUAAAUGGAAUGGGAGAUAAUAUACAGUCUGCAAAUAAUGAUCAAAGUAAAGCUGAUUGGAUAGGUCAAUUGUGCACGUGGUCAGGCAGAGUAGAACCCACUUGGUGGAUGAUUGAUCUUCAGAAGCAAAGUGAAAUAUAUGCCGUUUCUCUAAUCAAUAGAGUAGGCGUACUUGACUGUUUGGGAUAUUUGAAAAUUAUUGUUUCAAAUAACAGCGCAGAUCCUCCACCAUGGACGCCUGAGAAAAAAUGUGGUAGUAUAGAAGCAGGAAGUUUCUAUACAACUAGAAGAUGUCCACAAAAUACUUUUGGUCAAUAUUUGGCUGUAUUUAAAGAUGUUGGUGCCAGUGAACUUGGUCUAACAAUAUGUGAAAUUGACAUUUUUGGUUCAUCAAUUAAUUCCAGUGUGAGUGUAAACUGGGUGAUAAAAAGUAUUAAUUCAAUUAAUCAACCAAAAGAAAAGAUAGCUUCUUGUAAUGUUAAAGAUUCCGAAUCAAUUGAUGUCUCAGAAAAUAGAAAAGAGAAAAUAGUUGCUGAACUAAAAGGUGUAUCUAUAAUAAGUUCAUGUAAACAACAAGCAUUUACUCUGAUUGCAUUAUCAAAUCAUGACAUAGAAGACUGUCAAUUGAUCAAUACUGCAAAUGGUUACUAUACAGAAGUUGAUAUGCUUGAUACUUGUUUCUUUGAAUGUAAUUGUAAACCUGGCUAUUGUUUAAGAAUUUAUCUUAAAAUAUUCACAUCAAAAUUGCUUUCAUUAAAUAGAGACUUUUUUAUUAUUGUCAAUGUUUAGUAAGACUUUUGUAAAUUAUUCAAACUUCUCAUUC